AUGUUGCAUUUGGUGCAUAUCAAUGACCCUAUUUCCCCUUUCUUGUUUCUUGUGGUGAUAGAGGCGUUGUCUUCUAUGAUCGCCAAAGCGGUUAAGGGCGGGGAUUUUGAGGGUGUUCGACUCCCUAAUAAUGGGUCGUUGGUCUCACACCUUUUUUAUGCUGACGACGUUAUCAUUUUCGGGGAGUGGUCUUCGAGGAAUAUUGUUAAUAUGGUGCGCUUUCUCUGGUGUUUCCACGCAUGCUCGUGGCUAAGAAUCAAUCUUUCUAAAUCUAAUUUAUAUGGGGUUGGUGUCGAUGGCUCAAGAAUUGAGGAUUUGGCAUCAGUGGUUGGAUGUAUAGCGGGAUCCUUUUCGUUUAGGUACCUUAGUUUAAUAUUGGGGGCUAACAUGAAUCGAGUGAACAACUGGAGAUCGGUUUAUGAGGUUUUCGAACCUAGACUAUCGACUUGGAAAGCUUUUAUCCUUUCGGUUGGUCGUAAGCUGACUCUAAUAAAAUCCGUUUUGGAGAACCUUCCUAACUAUUAUUUUUCUUUAUACAAAUCUCAUGUCAAGGUUAUUAACGAUUAA